CUUUUUUUCUCCAUCUCUCUCUCUCUCUCUUCAUCUCUCUCUUGUUCUGCAAAUGGAAGAACACACACAAGAUCGCCGUGAAAUUGCUUUCUUGGACUCCGGCGAGUUUCUUGAGUCCACUUCAAAAGAUGAUCAACCGAAUGAGUCUCUGUUGGAACAUCAUCACAAGCCGUCCAUCAAAGAAGUUGAUUUCUUCGCCGCCAAAAGUCAGCCGUACAAUCCUAGUUAUAUGAGGACGACGAGUAUCGUUGGAUCUUCCGGUUUUAACGAUGAAUUAGUUUUAGUAAAUUCAAGUCUUGGAACAUCAAGUGAUGAUGGCGAUGACAAAACCAAAACCCAAAUUAGUAGGCUGAAAGUGGAGCUAGAAAGGCUUCACGAGGAAAAUCACAAGCUGAAGCAUUUAUUAGCUGAGAUAAGUGAGAGUUACAACGACCUCCAAAGUAGAGUUUUGUUGGCGAGACAGACACAAGUGGAAGGUCAUCAUAAUCACGAGGAUAUUACUCAAGCAGUUUAUUCACAAGCUCUACAAGACAGAAGACCAAUGGAUAUGAACAAUGAAAUUCCGGCCACCACCUUGAAAAGACGAUCUCCGGAUGACGUGGAUGAUCGUGAUCUGCACCGAGGUUCAUCAAAAAGUCCAAGAUUAGAUCAAAACAAGAGUACUAAUCAUGAAGAACAACAAAUCCCUCAUGAUCAAUUACCCUUCAGAAAAGCUAGGGUUUCCGUUAGAGCUAGAUCCGAUGCCACCACGGUAAAUGACGGAUGUCAAUGGAGAAAAUACGGUCAAAAGAUGGCAAAAGGGAAUCCAUGUCCUCGCGCUUACUAUCGUUGCACCAUGUCCGUUGGAUGUCCUGUCCGUAAACAGGUCCAACGAUGUGCCGAGGAUACAACAAUCUUGACCACAACGUACGAAGGAAACCAUAACCAUCCUCUUCCACCGUCAGCCACCGCCAUGGCCGCAACCACCUCCGCCGCAGCCGCCAUGCUAUUAUCAGGCUCCACCACCAGCAACCUCCACCAAACUCUCUCUACCCCCUCCGCCACGUCAUCAUCUCCAUCUUCCUUCUACCAUAACUUCCCAUACACUUCCACAAUCGCCACUCUCUCCGCCUCCGCUCCUUUCCCAACCAUAACUCUGGACCUCACCAACCCGCCUCGACCGCUACAACCGCCGCCGCUUCCGCCGCAGUUUCUGAGCCAGUACGGUCCCACAGCGUUUUUACCAAACGCUAAUCAGAUUAGGUUUAAUAUCAAUAAUCAUCCUCAGUUAUUGUUACCUAAUAUGCUGGGCCCACAAGCACCACCACGUGACAUGGUAGAUACGGUUAGGGCUGCCAUUGCGAUGGAUCCAAAUUUCACGGCGGCGCUUGCGGCGGCGAUCUCAAGCAUUAUCGGAGGAGGUAACGACAACAAUAAUAAUAACAAUAAUAACAAGGUUGAUAGUAAAAGUGGAGGAAGCAGUAACGGAGAUUCGCCACAGCUUCCACAGUCUUGCACAACGUUUUCCACCAACUAAAUUAGUACUUUAGUACGUUUAUAUAAUUAUAUAUAUAAUAUAUAUAUGUUAUCUUCUAUAUUAUUACAUACACAAUAUAUACAGAAAAUUUGUGUAUAUAUAUUAUAUAUAUGCGCAUAUUC